GCCCUGCGCGCUGCGCUGAGGGCGGCCGCGCCAUGGCGGAGCUGCGGGAGCUGGACUGCGGCGCGCUGCGGCGGCUGCUGCGGGAGGAGCGCGGCCCGUGCCUGCUGCUGGACUGCCGGCCCUUCCUGGCGCACAGCGCCGGCCACAUCCGCGGCGCGCUCAACGUGCGCUGCAACACCAUCGUGCGGCGGCGCGCCAAGGGCUCGGUCAGCCUGGAGCAGAUCCUGCCGGCCGAGGGCGAGGCGCGCGCCCGCCUGCGCGCCGGCCUCUACGCCGCCGUGGUGGUCUACGACGAGCGCAGCGCGCGGCCCGAGGCCCUGCGCGAGGACAGCACCACGGCGCUGGUGGUGCGCGCGCUGCGCAGGGACGCCGCCGGCCGCGCCGACCUCUGCCUGCUGCAAGGUGGCUACGAGAGGUUUCAUUCAGAGUAUCCCGAAUUCUGUGCAAAGACCAAAUCUCCCGCAACUGCAUCUCCAGUGCCCUCUGUGGAUGUUCUUGAGCAUGGGUGCAGCUCCUGUGGUACCCCACAGCAUGAUCAGGGUGGCCCAGUAGAAAUCCUUCCUUUCCUGUAUCUUGGCAGCGCGCUUCAUGCUGCAAGGCGGGAUAUGCUGGACACUUUGGGAAUCACAGCUUUGUUAAACGUUUCGUCGGACUGCCCGAACCACUUUGAAGGACAUUUUCAAUAUAAAUGCAUACCGGUGGAAGACAACCACAAAACGGACAUCAGCUCCUGGUUCAUGGAAGCCAUUGAAUACAUAGACUCUGUGAAGGCGUGCCACGGCCGGGUCCUGGUGCAUUGCCAAGCUGGCAUCUCUCGCUCGGCUACCAUCUGCUUGGCCUACUUGAUCAUGAAAAAGCGAGUGAGGCUGGAGGAGGCCUUUGAGUUUGUCAAGCAGCGCCGUAGCAUCAUCUCUCCCAACUUCAGUUUCAUGGGACAGCUGCUCCAGUUUGAGUCCCAGGUGCUGGCCACAUCUUGUGCCGCGGAGGUUACCAGCCCCUCGGGGAUGCUGCGGGAACGGGGGAAGACCACUCCCACAUCCCAGUUUGUCUUCAGUUUCCCAGUUUCGGUGGCAGUGCACGCCACUCCCAGCAACCUCCCUUUCCUACAUAGCCCCAUCACCACCUCCCCCACUUGCUAGAGUUGGUGGCCACGGGUCGUACCCUGGCACAGAACAAUUUCUCAUAGCCCCGUCGGCCACAGAUUAACUGCAAUAAAGUACUCUACCCACCCAACAGCAGUUGGAAUCCACCCAAAGACGGCGCGAUUACCGUGAAUGUUGUGGCCGGAACAGAACCGGGGGCGGGGGGGGGGAGUUCUAGUGUGUCCUUGUUUGGGCUGUCUUACCUCAUUUUUUAAAAAAAAACUUGAAGUUGUGAAAUCCUUAAAAAUAUAACGGGGGGAGGUUGUGGUGUGGGGGGAGGGGGCCUGUUUGGCCUGCUUUGGUUGCCGCUGUGCCCUUGGCUGUACAUCCGGAGCUGCAGCGCCGUGUUCAUCCGAGUCCUGUUCAGCUGGACAGACGAAGGUUUUGAUGUGCUUUUGCGCCUUGUGCCCCCAGUUACGAUGCAUUAUUUACCUGCAACUACAGCUGAAUCGGGGGGGCAGAGUUUUCUGAAGUGCCUGGUUUUGAUUUGGUGGUGGGUUACAGAUUCCAAAUAGUUACAUUUUUUUUUUAAACAAGCUCAGGUUUGUUGAAAGGAAGAGAUGUACUGGCUGACUUAACUGCCAAUCCGCUUUCAGGAUCUGUAAAUGUUGCUGUUGACGAACAUUCGACAUAGUUUUGAUCACAUCAAACAUGGGUCCCAUUUCCAGACGUUUUUCUUGAAGAUGAGGAACUAAUGUCCUCCGUAUUGAGGCAUUCUCUCACACUUGGAGUUUAGGGGUGAGCCUGGGUAGAAAAAGGUGUUGUUAUUGCUCGUGAGGAGUAAACCGCCUUCCUUCUCUCUGAGCUGAAAGCCCAGCCUGUUGCAGGUGCAUCUGUAUACAGACCUUCCUGAACCUGUGGUCUUCUCAAGCAAGAGGAAAAGACACAAUUCGAUGGAUCUUAAAAGCAACACUCAAACUCCCGGGUGUGCUGCCAUAACAGCACUGCCACUCUGAGUAUUUUAAGCACCAUCCCUGAACGACAAGCUCUACUGCCGCAGGGACUUUAAGCUGCCUAGUUUCCUGGUAAGAAAGGAAAGGUCGGGAAUGAAGUAUACAGAAAACUCUCGCCCAGACCAUCUUGGCCUCUAUGUAGGCAGCCCGUCAUGCAGCAGGACUUGAAGGGCUGGAUCGAUGUCUCUGGUCAUGCUUAGGAGAGACAAGUUCUUUCUGCAGCCGAGAGCUGUUAGGGUCAGGGUCUCCCCCCAUCAGCUUGACCCCUCCAGGGCUGCUUGCCUCUGCUUCCAUGAAGCCAAUAGGCCAGGGAAGGCGGCUUUGAAUAACAUCUCUAGUUUGGCUGAUGGUUUGUGCCUUCCCGCUCAUUGUGAGCGCAUGAGGUGCAGUUCGUUGUGGCUUCCAAGGGGAAUGAUUUUGUUACGGGUUGCCCCAUUUAGCCUCAGUUGCUCUAAGUGCCAUAGAAUACAAUCUAUUUUAAUGCUCCUGUAUUUUGGGAGGAAAUAAUAGCUACUCUGAUGUGGAAAUGAGUUCUGGGAGGUCUUCAGAACAGAAUUCUGUGAGUAUGUAACAGGAAAGCUUUUCCGCCUAUGAUUUGACAGCGUAGUGGUAUGUAGAGGGUGAUCCGCUUAGGAGAGCCCUGCGCAUGCCGCUGAACGACUUAAAGAGUAUAGAGUGAGAAUGUUAAAAAUGGGGUCUGAUGGCUUAGAAAACAAGGUCUGUUGAGUUCAGCAUUCUGUUCUGAACACUGCCCCACCUCUGGAAAUUCCGGCAGUAGCAUUGCCGCACUCUUGUAUCCUGUCCCAGAGAGAGACUGCUCUUGAAGAGACUGCUCCGUGGACUUGUCCAAGCCGUUUUUACGGGCAGCUGUCGUCAUACCUUGCAGUUCUGGAGUGGAUCCUUGUGAGCUUUUUGCUUGAUCUUGCCCAGGUGCCCCCUUACUGCCGUUCCCGUUCUGCUUAGCUUUUCUGUGAGCUGCAGCACGGCCUUUUCAGUCGUCCAAAGGGGCACCUCACUGAGGGUCCAACACAGUGAAGGAUCUAAACGAAUUUUGUUGUGAGCAGUUGAGCUCCCCAUUUACAACCCUGACUCUCUUGGCAAUCGCUUUCAAAAACGGAAUCAUUCAUCAAAAGUACUAGCUGUAAUGUUAGGGGAUAUAACUCUUGUUAACUCAUAAGAGUGAUUUUUUUUUUUGUCCUAAUCCAGUUGUUGCAAGAAAAAGCCCUCUUAAGACUGUCAUUUUUCUGAAAUAUUUCCAGUUUGGAGAAGAAAGAACAACUUGCAGGCUUUUGCAGCCCUUGGAAUCAGCUCCUGCAAAAUUCUGGAACAUUUGAAAAGCAGUUAGGGAAAUAAGGGAAGCAGCAGUAGAGCGGUAGUUCUGGCAUUUCUAAACUGAAUCGACACAAAUCCAUAGCAAACAACGUUCGCCAUCUUUCUAGGGAGAGGAAUUCUGAGGGCAGAAUUUCCCACCUCUGGAAACAGCAUUUAAACAUAAUUGCAUCCUGAGGCUUGGAUCCAGCCCUUCCAGGGAGGCAGGAGUUGAGGAAUGUGUGUGCGUGGAAUCUGCAGAAGGGCUUGUAAUUGGCCACGAGCCUUGGGAGGGCAGCUUUAACCUGGGAGCCCUCCUUUUCAUCCUUAAGGUAAGAGACCGGCCCUUCCACUUUUGCGCUCUUCUCCUGCCCGGCCAGGAUUGGUUUUUGCAAGGUCCCCCCUGCAACCCCCCCCCCCAUUCUUUACUUGGAUUAAUAAAGGACAAAUAAAACUUCCAGAAAUCCUACAUGAACUGAGAAGUUCUCAUACUUUGUGAUGUGAAGCAGGCCAGGCAAUAGGGGCCAGUCCCUGGCUGCGCUGUUCUUCCCUCUGUGGCUGGGCACUGCCCUCUGAGCCACCAGCCUGGCCGCUUGCAGGGGGCACAGUGUGACCCACACGACAACCUUGAGCCUCCUCUGGUAUUGUUUGCUAGGUGCCUCCAGGAGACUGGAUGGCUUUAAUUCUCUCACCGAGGGUGUAGGUGCCAAGAGGUUGCGGUUUUCCUUGGCUUGUGGCAGGAAAGAGUCCAUUCACACACCCCAGUCUGCUGUCCCAGGUGCAGGUUUCAUCCGGCCUCAGGGCAAGGCUAGGUCCAAGCCAAAGGUUUUAACUGCUGUUUCAGUGCGAUGGCUUUUCAAGGGAGCUCAGGGCAUGCCUAAUAGAGAGGAAUGCAAAACCCUUCUUGAGGAGUUGGGCUGAGGUGUUUUGCAAUGUUUUUGGCCUUACUCAAAACUUCUAGUGAAGUCCUCAACAAUUACAAGUUUGCCUCUUUGAAAUAUAAAUAUGUGAAAACUGGAAGUCUGUAUCUGGAAGCCUGCAUCUUCACAUUUUAAAGAAAAGGCUUUAAAAAUAUUCCCAUUAAUUGCAGGUUUGUGCUUUUUAAACCUCACCGCAGUAAACGUCAUCCCAAGAACUGCUGUAAGGAAAGCUUUAGUUGAAGCGUUGACUUAGCAAUAGACUCGUGAGGUAGCCCAACUGAGGAUUUACCAGAGACUGUCUCUCUUGCCCGCCCCCCCCCCCCAGCCAGCUUUUAAUACCAGGAAAACUGGUCCUCAAAACUGAGGGAAGUAGUACCUUUAAAAUGGCCUUUCGGUCCUGAGCACUGAUGAGCCCCCAGAAAGCAAAACCAGAGCUGUUUUUCUUGGCCCUCCAAAGGAACUGACUGGUCACUGUGUGAGACAAGACACUGGCCUGGGUGGACCAAGGGUCUGACGGAGCAGGGCUCAUGCGUCCUCCAACCCCCCUCCUCAAUAUUUGCUUGUCUGCUAUGACGAGGGGGGAGGCGGGGGGCAGGAUUGAACUGCAGGGCUCUAGGCUGCCUUCUUGCAGGCCGCCUCUGAGUGUCCAGGCAGGCCUGAUCCUCCCCUCUGUUGCCAAAAGACGGGAGUCUCAAUCCUCCUCUUGGGGGGGGGGGUGCUUUGGCUCCCUCCCUUACCUUCACGAUUGACCUUUUGAUACAAAGGACCCACACCGUGCAACGUCCGCAGUUCCCACCUCUUUGUACUUGUAUUUUUACAUAGGGUCCCCCCUCUGUCUCUAAACGUGUGUUUGAUUAUUGUGUGUGAGAUUUUUUUAGAUUAUGAAUAUGUUUUAAUUUAUUGGCCAAGAAGGAUCAUUUGAAGAAAAAAUAAAUACAUUUCCAGCCA